CGUUCCUUAACUUGAUGCAGUGGUUGCUACUACAAAGAAGAAUGCAAAUGUUGCCCUUGUGUUUGUAUUCCUCCACAAGAUUGUUCAAGUGUUCAUUGAGUACUUCAAGGAACUUGAAGAGGAAAGUAUACGUGAUAACUUUGUUGUAAUAUAUGAACUUCUUGAUGAACUGAUGGACUUUGGAUACCCACAGACAACUGACAGCAAGAUCUUGCAGGAGUACAUAACCCAGGAAAGUCAUAAGAUGGAGGUUCAGGCUCGACCACCGAUGGCUGUUACUAAUGCUGUGUCCUGGAGGUCAGAAGGUAUCAAGUAUCGAAAGAAUGAAGUGUUUCUAGAUGUAAUCGAAUCUGUCAACCUCUUGGCCAAUGCAAGUGGUAAUGUGUUAUGUAGUGAAAUAGUGGGCAGCAUCAAGAUGAGGGUCUAUCUCUCGGGAAUGCCUGAACUCCGACUCGGGUUGAAUGAUAAAGUCUUGUUUGAGAGUACUGGAAGAGGAAAAAGUAAAUCAGUAGAAUUAGAAGAUGUGAAAUUCCACCAGUGUGUGCGUCUCUCCAGAUUCGAAAAUGACCGUACUAUCUCUUUCAUACCACCAGAUGGUGAAUUUGAACUAAUGUCAUACCGUCUUAACACUCACGUGAGUUCUUUAAAAACAUUUAAUAAAUAGUAGUUGCAUGAUUGA